CUUUCUCAAUCUCCGUGUGGUGAGCCAGUGAUCUCCUCUCCUUGGAUCUUGCAUAUUCAAGGAGCUGGCAAUAAAGAUAUAUUUUUGCUCACCAGAAACUGAUGAACAGCUCCUGCCUCUGAAAAUCCUGGUGCACUGAUCCACAGCUCCAUCCUCUCCCCAAAGUCUUAAUGAUAUGGCUGUGCUGCUAGCACCAAGUUGGCUAUUGGUGGUGGUUGUAACCUUUUACAUUGGGCUACUGAAAUCAACGCAAGCUGGUGCUUAUUAUGGGAUUAAACAGAUGCCUCCUCAAGUGCCACAGUACCAAGCCCUUGGACAACAAGGACAACAAGUACCUCACAUGCCAGUGGGCAAAGAUGGCAUUCCACUACAGCGCAUGGGCAAGGAAGGGCCUCCCGUGCAGUAUGGGAAAGAAUAUGUGACUCAGUUUUUGAAAGAAAUCCCUCCACUCCCUGUACUUGGCAAGGAGAGAAUUUCAAAGAAACAGAAAGCAGAAAUCCCGUUAGUUGGCUUGAGAGGUGAACGUGGUCCUCCUGGGGAGCCUGGUCCAAGAGGGCCUACUGGACCUCCAGGGAUACCAGGACAUGGAGUGCCAGGAGCCAAAGGAAAACCAGGUCCACAAGGAUAUCCAGGAAUUGGAAAACCAGGAAUGCCCGGAAUGCCAGGAAAACCAGGAGGAAUGGGACCUCCUGGACCAAGAGGCGAGAUGGGGCCAAAGGGAGAGAUUGGAUCUAUGGGUAUUCCAGGACCCCAAGGGCCACCAGGACCCCAUGGACUACCUGGAAUAGGAAAACCAGGUGAUCGAGGUUUGCCAGGGCAGCCAGGACCAAAGGGUGAGCUAGGAAUGAAAGGACAACCUGGAAUACAAGGUCCCCCUGGUCCAAAAGGAGAUAAAGGCAUUGGGAUUCCAGGACUGCCAGGGUUAAAAGGUCCGCCUGGUUUACCUGGGCCUCCGGGUCCUGUUGGUCUUCCAGGAAUAGGCAAGCCAGGAUUGAUUGGUUUUCCAGGCCCACAGGGACCUGCAGGCAAGCCUGGGCUUCCAGGGGAGCCAGGGCCUCAAGGGUUAGGUGGAGCCCCUGGAAUUCAAGGUCCUCCUGGCCUUCCAGGUAUAGGAAAGCCAGGCCAAGAUGGAAUCCCAGGUCAACCAGGUUUUCCUGGUGGAAAAGGUGAACAAGGUUUGCCAGGUUUACCAGGACCUCCCGGUCUACCUGGGAUUGGUAAGCCAGGUUUCGCUGGACCUAAAGGUGACCGUGGCAUGGGUGGUGUUCCAGGGCCACUUGGGCCUAAGGGUGAAAAGGGGCACAUGGGGCCACCUGGCAUGGGUGGGCCACCAGGAGAGCCAGGCCAACCAGGGUUGCCAGGACUUAUGGGGCCCCAAGGAGCUAUGGGGUUCCCAGGCCCUAAAGGUGAAGCUGGAGCUGUUGGGCCUCAAGGGCCACUUGGUCCAAAAGGUGAACUUGGUUUACAGGGUUUCCCAGGAAAGCCUGGCUUUCCUGGGGAAGUGGGACCUCCAGGUGUAAGAGGUUUACCUGGCCCAAUUGGACCAAAAGGAGAAGCUGGUCACAAAGGCUUGCCAGGUCUGCCUGGUGCUCAUGGACCUAUGGGGCCUAAAGGAGAACCUGGAAUCCCAGGGGCUCAAGGUCAUCAAGGCCCUUCUGGAAUCCCAGGUAUAGCAGGACCCAGUGGUCCAAUUGGACCCCCUGGACUUCCUGGGCCUAAAGGAGAACGAGGGCUACAAGGUCCUCCAGGGUUUCCAGGAGUAGGAAAACCUGGUAUUGCAGGGAUACAAGGGCCACCUGGAAAACCUGGAAUGAUUGGUUUGCCUGGCCAACCAGGGCUCCAGGGACCUCCAGGACCUCCUGGUCCCCCUGGUCCCCCAGUAAUAGUCCAACCCACACCACCAGCAAUUGGACAAUAUUUGCCUGAGGUGGGUCCAGGCAUUGAUGGAGUGAAGACUCCACAUGGCUACAUGGGUAAGAAAGGCAAACACAGUGGUGCAGCCUACGAGAUGCCAGCUUUCACAGCUGAGCUCACCACUCCUUUCCCACGAGUUGGAGUGCCGGUGAUGUUUGACAAGCUCCUCUACAAUGGCAGGCAGAAUUAUAACCCACAGACUGGCAUCUUCACCUGUGAAAUCCCUGGGAUUUACUACUUCGCCUACCACGUUCACUGUAAAGGAGGAAAUGUCUGGGUGGCUUUGUUCAAAAACAAUGAUCCAUUGAUGUACACCUAUGAUGAAUACAAGAAAGGCUUCCUGGACCAAGCUUCAGGAAGUGCCGUCAUUCAGCUGAUGCAUGGUGACAGAGUAUAUAUCCAGAUGCCAUCUGAACAGGCAGCAGGACUCUAUGCUGGGCAAUAUGUUCAUUCAUCUUUUUCAGGAUAUUUGUUGUAUCCCAUGUAAACUGAACAUUCAGACAAAACAAAAACUCUCCCCUCCACCCGCCCCCCAAUGCUUCAAAUCUAUACCAUUGAAAGAUGCAUUUAAUGACUGUUUGGGACCAUCAUGUACAAUAAUUAAAAUAAAAUUACUGUUUUAAACAUUAUGUACAGCUUGUGAUAAAAAGAAAAGGUGGUGAUAAACCUAAGGGAAGCUGUUGGCUGUACAAAGAAUAUUUUCAACAUUUGCCUGCUCCAUUUCAUUAAGGGUUAUACCGUGUUAAAGUUCGUAACAGGUAACUCAUCUGUCUUUUCUACUGUUUGAGGUCCAGAAAGAUUAAAGAAAAAGAAGCAAGAGAAGGCACUACAGUGCUAUUUUUUCUAGAAAGAAUAUAAAAAUGCAUACUUAGAAGUAUGGUCAGCAAUCCUGCAAGAUAAAAUGCGUUUCUCCCUUGCCAAAAGUAAUUUUCUUUUCAUGUAACGUUGAUAAAAAAGAAUGUUGCUCAAGUCAAAGCUCUUUUCCAGCAAGCACUAGCUCAUCUUCCUACCUUCUGGAAUAUUUUUUUUAAAGCAGCAAGGUAGACAUAUGGAGCACAGAAAAUCAAUGACUUUUUGGAUAUCUUUAUGCCAAAGUUAGUAACAGCACAAUAUUAACAGCACAGUCUUAAACAGACUUAGAAAAAAGGCUUUAAUGGACUUGGUAUAAUGGUGUGGUAAUUACACACUAAAUCUGUUUUAUGAAGCCAAUUAAUGUCAAUAUAGGCUAAGCUGAAGUUGGUAGCUGUUGCCUCACAGAUGGGUCAGUAAAUCUCUGGAAAUGGUUAGUGGGAACAGUAAGACUCCAGUAACUAAGGCAUGAUAUUUGGGUCAAGAUGUAGCCUGGAGAAACCCUACAGCUCAGUUCUUUAUACUUUUAGGUUUCACUGAUUUAAAUACAUACAUGGUUAACUUUGCCAUUGAAAUCAAUAGGACACAAAAGUGCUUAACUUUGCAUCAUGCACCCUCUGUGAGCCCCAUUACUACAUAGUUUGGAAAUCACUGUCCAGGAUCUUGAACAAAAAAAAUUUCUAUUGGAUUUAGAAGAAAGCACCAGUGGUUCUUUGAUAUGCUUAAAAGCAAAGCUGUUUAUUCAUCUAAUAUCUUCUACAUCCACUUAUAAAAUGAAUAAGAUGGCUACUGAUAGUCCAGAAUGGUGCAUUGGAAUAAAUGUUGUCUGCAGCGUCAUGCAAAUUAGCUGCAUAAAUGCCCAAGCCUGUGCAUUCUUUACUGAGAAGUUGGUCCAACUGAGUUGCAUGAGACUUAUUUCUGGGCAGGGGUGUAUAGGACUGCAGCUUUACAAUGCAGUCCUAAACAGAGUUAUGCUCAAUUCAUUGAAAUUAGAAGGCUGUAAUUGUGUUUAGGAUUGCCCUGCUAGUGUAGCAACUGACUUCAAGCACUUAGUAUUUAUUUUUCAUUCAGAAUUACAUUUGCCUAUGAGAAUGUGCAGGCUACAUAAUCUUGUGUAUGUGGCAGUUACAAAAUACUACAGCCACAAUCCAGCACAGAAUCAGCUGUGUUUAAACCCAUUGCACUUAAUCAACAUUUUUGCACACACCACAGCUGUGGCUAUGAACACAUAACCCUGGCUAGUAAGUGACAACCCUGCAAAUCAAAUAGCAGAAGAAUUUAAUUUACUUCUGUUCCUUCUGCUAAAUGGCUGGUCAGCACUAUUAUCAGUUCUCUAUGUGUGCAUAGCUGGCCCAAAACAAUAGGGAAUGCAGGUUGCUGCUUAGGGCAUCAACAUUCAAGCAGCACUAGGAUACUCAGAACACCCUCAAUGCAGCACUCACCCCAGAAUCUUGCAAAAACUGUGUCUGGGACAGGAACAUCCCACCCUCCUGAUUUUCCAAAAGACAAUCCCUUCUCUCUUAUGCAGAAGGGGGAGAGGAUCACCACAGGAGAGAAAGGAGUACAAACUUCCCUUAAUGCCCCCCAUCCCCACUGAGAUUAAACAUUGUUCAGGGCAGCAAUACAAUUGGAGCCGAUUCUUGCAUACAUAGUACCUGUUUGCACAGAAGUUUUCAAAGUAGUAAUACCUCCGUAAAAGCCUCCCUCUGUUUUCCUUAUAGUUAGAUUGCAGCCAUCUGAAUCAACGGGUCUAAGCAUAUCCCGCUGUUCACUGGAUUGUAGCCUAUCACCAACAACGGUGCUAAUAUCACAUGGAAAAAGGAGUUGCAAAGAUUAUUUUAAAACAGUAUGCUGCACAUCACACUUUACGUUACUUUAAAUACUGUUACAAGUUCCAACACAUUAAGUGGGACUUGCAUAUUUAAGUGAAACAAAGUCUCUUCAAUCCAGACUCAAUAUGGACUGAAACUUGCAUUUCUUUUAUUUAAUUACAGAGUUUAAUGCAAUAUAAUAUCUGCAGAAGACUGCAAUGCCUGAGAUAUGGUGCUAGAAAUCAAAUAUUUUAUAGAGUGUUGGAAGCAAUGGGCCAUUUAGGAACCAGGGCUACCUUGGAUCAGUUGCUAGGAUAUAUAUGAGAAAGAUGAAAAAUAGCAAAUAAUUUUGUAUUUAAUUUUUGUACUGAUUUUAAAAGAACUUAUUAAAUAUCUUUUAAAAAUG